AAUUCAAACGUGACUGGGCAUUGUUGCCACUUCUGGCUCAAGGGUUCUUGCUCCCGCACUGACCAGCUUGCAUUUCAUGCUCGACGUUGCUCGAUGCAUUAGUGCUAUUUCUUAGAACGGCCAUUUUGAUUGUUCACACUAGCGUCAUGACUAUGACAACAGAUGUUGAGGCUGUCAUGCCAAGCCAGGAGUGCCCUCGGCUAAGUCAGCUGACACCGGAUCAACUUGAACGGAUUGAGAGAAACAGGCUGGAGGCGAUCAAGAGGCGAGAGGCAGCCAUAAGACGAGACGCGCUAGCGCACGUACCUGCAAUAGCUGCCAAUAUGUUAGGCUCCGUAAACUCCAGCACUCCGUUCAAGAAGAGGAAAGUUGAACAUGCUAUUCUGCCAGGAAGCCUUCCUCCGCCAUACAUCCCUGCUGUUACUCAGUCGGAGCAAGUUGACGAGCCGAAGCGCCAAGAUUCGGAAAAAAAUUCAGACGUUAAGUUCUCCGAAGAGCAAAUACAGGCAUUGCGAGCCGUUGCUAUGCGCAACUCUGUCUUCUUGACAGGUUGUGCAGGGACUGGAAAGAGCUUUGUGCUCGAGUUCGCUAUCCGUUCACUAAGGGCUAUGCAUGGGAGCGAUACAGUCUACGUGACGGCGUCAACAGGCCUUGCUGCAUGCGCUCUUUCAGGAACGACUCUCCAUUCGUUUGCUGGAGUUGGUCUGGGAAUUGGUUCUAAAGAAGAGUUGAUGCAUAAGGUCCAGACCCGGAGGGAAGCACGACAGAGGUGGCAAGGUGCACGAGCCCUUGUCAUUGACGAGAUCAGCAUGAUUGAUGCGCAGUUUUUUGAGAACCUUGAAUUCAUUGCAAGAAAAAUCCGCAAGACGGCCAAACCGUUUGGAGGCAUUCAGCUACUUGUAACCGGCGACUUUUUCCAGCUCCCUCCAGUGAACCCACAGAGCAACGUCGCAUACGCAUUCGAGGCGAAGUGCUGGAAUGACUGCUUCAAUCUGCAGAUGGAGCUGAAACACGUUUUCAGGCAGUCUGACCUCACGUUUGUGAGCAUGUUGAAUGAAAUCAGGGAAGGCAUUGUCACACCUGCGACGCAUGAGAAAUUGAGGAAACGCAUCUGUUGUGCUCCAAUUGGAAACGAUGGCAUCAUGCUGACAAAGCUAUACCCAUACAAGGCAGAUGUUGCUGGAGAGAAUUUUCAGCGGCUCCAGGAGCUUCAAGAGCUUGAAAUGGUGUACAAUGCCAAGGAUGAGGGCAAGAGUGAAUAUGCAAAGAAGCAGCUUGAAUUCACGCGCGCUGAGAAGCGAUUGACACUGCGCCGUGGUGCACAAGUCAUGCUUAUCAAGAAUCUAGACACACCCCAAGGGCUUGUCAACGGCGCCAGGGGUGUUGUGGUUGGCUUCUGCGACCCAGCUAAUCCCUGUGCUGCACAGUUCAGGCAUCUGGUUCCAAUCAUCAACCCCUCAGCGAUGUGGCCCGUGGUUCGCUUUGCAUGCGACCAAUCUGAGCGAAUUAUUGGUCCUGAGAGCUGGGCAGUGGAGGAGUAUGGUAAUGAAAUUGCCAAGCGUUGGCAAGUCCCGCUGACUCUGGCGUGGGCCCUCAGUGUGCACAAGUGCCAGGGAAUGACACUGGACAGGGUGGAGACUGACCUCAAGAGGGCGUUUGACUACGGGAUGGUGUAUGUUGCUCUCUCCCGUGUCCGGUCUCUUGAAGGCCUUCGGCUUCUGGGCUUCGAUGCUGGCAAGGUCAAGGUGAAUGCUAAGGUUGUGGAGUUCUACAAGCAAUUGCAGAGACAUGAUGCUUCAAGUGAAAAGGCUUUUGAAGUUUGAAAUCACUGGCUCUUCUUAUCCACUCCAUCAAUGAGCUACCGGAGACUGACGUGCAUCUGUUUCAGUAUUUUUCAUCAACGUACAGUUGUAUUUAUGUAUUGUUUAUGCGUAUAAGAUCCU